AUGUCAAGUGUAUCAUUUAUAGAGAAUCCUAAAUCGAAUCCAACGCUUCCCUUAACGUUAUGUAAAAGUGAUAGUGGAUUAAAAGUGAUUAGAACAGCAGAUAAAUCUAUAAUUAUCAAUUAUAAGAUUCGUAACAAAAAUGAUAUCAUAUAUUAUCAAUGGGAAAAUAACAUUGGCAAUUAUGUAGCGAUUUUCUUCCAAAGAGGUACAGUGAUGAUAUAUGAUGGUAUUAAAACCUCGAGACUAUUAGCAAUGUUAAAUGGGGGAAAACCAAAUGUAGAUGCAGGGAUUUGGGAUCGAUAUUAUUUCCCUAAUGAUAAUGAGAAGGAUAUUUUCGAUUCCGAUAUAACGUUAUAUAUGCCCACAUUGAUACAGAUUAUUAGAGAUAAAGAAAAAAUUUGUCCUGGGACUUAUUUCCCACCACAUUCUACUUGGAGAGCUAAAAAGGAAGAGAGUUUAAAGAAUGAAUUUUUAGAUAUACAUCUUUUACAUCACUCAGUGGAUGAUUCGUUUACAUUUAUAUUGAAUGGUGAAUUGAAAUUGCCUUUCCCAUCUAAUAGCACUAGUGGAAGAGCAAUUGGGAUAAUUAAGGGGGAAAAUAAUUGUUUUAUUUGCUUUUAUCAAGAUUUAACAGUUCGAAUGAUUGAUUGCCAUGACUUGUUACAAUUAAAGGGGAAUGAGAUCUUAGUGGAUCAUUUUAUUCGAAUAAAUCAUCUCUUAAAAUAUUUAAAAGAACAUAUCAUGUUUAUCAAGGAUAAUAUGUCGACACCGUUUAACGAGUUCUUAACGAGCGUUAAAGGUGAAGCAACACAAGAGAUGAUGAUGGAAAAUUUAAUCACUAUGCUAGUAUCUGGUUAUAUCUCUACAGAAUUGGAAGAAUGGAUACGAAACACGAUUGGGAUUAAAAAUUUAACGCGAUGGGCUACACUAGGUGGUAUUUUUUACGAGAAAGGAGUUGAUAUCAUCACACUAAUGGUGAUACCUGCAUGCGAGAGGUUUAUGAUACUAGUUGCAAGAUUACAAGGUUUGAUAGAGUAUGUGAUUGUAAGGAAUCGGUGUGAUAACAGAGGGGUCAAUCUGAAUAGUAGUUAUAUAGAAAAUGUUAAGCAUGCUGCCAAGAGAUUUAUGAAAGAAGCAUUAAGGAUGUUAGAGCAAUUGCAAUUACAGAAACAAUUGUUUGAAAAAUUUUUGCAUUGGUUUAGUGAGAAUGUUAGGGGUGUGGUUCAAGAUGAGGCGGUUAGUGGUAAUAUUUUGGUCAAAAAUGUAAAUAAUUGUAGAGAUAUAGUGGAGUAUUUAGAGUGGAGCAUGGGAGGAGGGCCAAAUAGAGUGACUGAAUUAACUCAAUUUGAAAAAGAACUAGAAGUGGUUCAAGAGAAUUUGAAUCUGCUGAAUCAAGAUUUUGUAGAGCCUGCAUUGAGUGUGGCAAUAAGUAUUGGUGAUCGUAAGAAUAUUGGUGCGAUCUUGGGUGUUUGUAAUCCUGAAGGUGAGCUUUUAAGUAUGGAAAAGGUGAUGAGUUUAGAGUCUACUUUGGUUAUAUAUAUAAUAAAGUACGAGAUGCAAGGUGAGAUGAAAUAUGAAAUUGGAUUAUUGAAUUGUAAUAUGGAAAAUAUCUUUUGUCAAAAUGAAGUGAAACUAGGAAGUAGACGGCAAGAAGUGGUAGAGACCAAGAUAAAUGUAGAAAAACGACAAUUUGAAAAUGAUAGUAAUUUGUUUGUUAUUGAAAAAGAAGAUGAAUUUGAUGUACAAGUAGAGUUUCGUAAUAAUGAUAGCGUCUUUACGAAAAAAUUUGUACUGAAUAUCAAAGAAAAAAGUAUUGAAGGGUGUUAG